AUGCCAAAGAUCACGCACAUCGUACCGGAUGCGGUGUAUUACGCUUCGCUUCCCCCACCCUCAAGCCAUCCAGAUGUCGACGAGGAUGCCAUCUGGGAUCAACUGUCUAUAGAAUAUGAUCUUCCGUUGAACUCAGAAAUCACACGGCAUAAAGCUCACCUCUUCAUGGCGAUGGCCUCCGCUACAGGACUGUACCAAAUUCUUGGUUUAAAUGACAGAUUCCCGGAGGACAACUUCCCAUUUCUUAUUUUUUAUCAUCUGAUAUCAUGUUUAAACCAGUUUCAUCUUGCCUAUUUGGAUAUGCAGUAUGAUAUACUAGUCGAUUGGGAUCUUAACACAUCGCAAAACGUCUUGGGGAAAGAUGUUCUAGCUGCAUAUUCGGGGGUGUUUGAAAGGAAGGAGACGGGAACUUCCUUCUGUUGGAAACAUGUUGAGCACACUUCGGUGCCGGAAGAGCUAAACCCUGCGCUCGUUGACUAUGUGUCAGGAUGGCGCGAGGGAAUGCAAUGGCAUCGGUCUGCCAAAGACGACGACGGGAGUGGUGAACCUGAUGCCAAGUAG